AUGGGUUGGAAAUCACUGUUCCCGCCCCCUAAGCACUUCGGUGAGCGACGGCUCGAAUUUGGAUCUCAGAUAGACAAGUUAUUGGAUCAUGCUAAGAUUCCCUACGUGGCCUGCGGAGAUUUAAUGAACAUGCAUUACCAGGAAGAGGGCAUUGCGACUGCACGUGUUAUUUGCUUCGUGGUUCCAGACGAUCGCCUGGAUGUCACUAUACGAGCGUUGCGAGUUGCUGGUUUAUCCGAGGAUCCUUGUACUGCUGGGAACGCUGGUUGCUGCUGGGCUAAAAUCCCAACUUAUUACCCUUAUCCGCUCCCGUGGCCUGCCAAACACUUCCAUCGCUAUGUUAAGGGAAGACUUUUCGACGAGAAAGUAACCGUGUGCUACUCUGUCGGUUUGCUUCGGAAGUCCCAGUGGCUCUGGCUCAUGCCCGAUCUUCCCCUUGAAUUUCCUGAGCCCAAUGACCCUAAUUUCAUUCUCUCUACAGACCGCCGUCUUCCUGAUUGGGAUACGGAUGGUUUCGGCAACUCCUUCUAUCCCAUAAAGCUGCUCACUCCGGCGCGUUGGAUAGAGUCAUUGUUUAGCCUGCAUAUCAGAGAUUUGAGUGUAGAUCAACAUUUUGACGAACGCUGGUACCAUCAUGUUGUGGAGUUUCAUGCACGACUUGCAAGACUACUUCCUCCGGAGCUUUUUCAUAUUGACCUCAUUCGACAACCUUUUCGCAUCUUAUAUAUAGAGGAAACGGACAGGCGUAACACAUUGAACUACAAGCACUUGAAGUUGAUGGACAGGUUGUGGGAAGAAUGGCAGGAAGCUGGUUCUAUGCCAGACCCCAUUUACCCGUUCAAUAUCGAAAGGUAUAAGAAGGAUAUCAAGGAGAACAGAAAUGUGUGGUUAUAUGAAGAAUGGAUUGAUGAGAUCAUGUCCAGUUAA